GUCAAAAUAUGUAGUCAAAGUGCUUAAUGUUUCUUCAGUACUCCGUCUCUCAUAAGUCACGCUAGUCUCUCGACGUGUUUCCUUCAAUUAUGGACAGACCAAAUACUGUUACAGUCCAUGCCCUCGCUGCUGGCAGUCUAACUCUCCCCGAGAAAUUCUUCAUCGACCCAGUGGACAAUUAUUCGGAAUCUAGAAAGACAGUGCCAUCGCUAUCCUUCUUGAUUCAGCAUCAAUGCCAGUCCUCCGGAAAGGUGACUCGUCUGGUGUUUGACCUGGGAAUCCGCCGGGACCCAGAUCUAUACAACGACCUUAUCCGGACUCAUCUCGCAAGCAGACAGCCGCUAUCAGGCUUUCCAGAUGUGAUCCAUUCGCUUGCUCUUGGAAACCUGACCAGCAGAGACAUUGACUAUGUUAUUCUUUCGCAUGUCCAUUGGGAUCAUAUUGGCAUGCCCUGGGACCUCCCCAAGUCGCGAUUUGUCGUUGGAAAUGGGUCAUUGGACCUCCUGUCAGGAAACAGUACCAUGUCCAACGGAAGCCACAGCAACUUCGAAAGCGGAUUGCUGCCACAUGAACGAACGAUAGAGCUCUGUGCGCCGGGAAGAAAUGAUACCAGCCGUUCUACUAGAGUCCACGACCAUGGCUUACAAGAACGAACCUGGGAGCCCCUGGACGAGCUACCCCAUACUAUCGACGUAUUCUCGGAUGGAAGCCUAUUUAUCGUCAAUGCACCCGGUCAUCUUCCCGGACACAUCAAUCUACUAUGCCAUGUCAGCGCAGACCGAUAUGUCUAUCUUGCCGGCGAUGCGUGUCAUGAUCGGCGGAUAUUAACAGGAGAGAAGAAUAUUGCAGAAUGGACAGAUCCUCACGAUACUGGUCGGGUUUGUUGCAUCCAUGCGGAUCGUGCACAGGCGCUUGAGACAGUACGGAGGAUUGGCCGUUUGGAACGGGGGGAGACUUCUUUGGGUGAGGUGGAAGUUGUUUUGGCGCAUGAUGGUGAAUGGACUGAAGAUGCUCAGCGGAGGGGGAGAUAUCUGCCUGGUGCUCUAUAGUAAUAGUUUUGGGAGGGAAUAGUUACUGCUGUCUGUGAUUACCGUAGUAUCUCAAUUGCCGGUCCCGAAAG